CUCCUGGUUUUUUGUUUUGGCUCGUGGACAAGUGGAGAUGACUCUGAAUGGAGAAAAGGUAUUUGAGAGAAAAGUAUCUCACGUAUGUAUGAAUCGAGCACACACACUUCUUUAUGUAUGGAUUUAUGUACGAAGUCCAGUUUUUAAUGCGUCAAAAUAAUUUUUAAAUAAGUGUCUAAGUAUGUUAAUUAAAAAUUAAGCCUCUUGUCAUGGAAUGGGACUUAAUAAAAAAACAAAAUAAUUAUUAAAAUAAGGUUAAUUUUUAUCAAUAUUUAAAAAAAAAAUUUGAAUCUGUUUAUUUAAUUAUAUAGUACUAGAAAGUUUAACUUGGUGUUACAGGUUUAAUAAUGGCAGCCAAAUUUCGUUUUCUGUCUCAACAUCAUAAAAUCCAAUUUUUUUUCAUUAUGUAACUUAAUUGCGGUUUGAUAUAUUGUAUCCUCAAAAAAUAAUGGCGGUAUCAACGACCAUGUAUUGUAUGUUUAGUAAAUAGUAAAUAAUCAUUUCUUUUUAAAAAGAUGUAUUUAUGUAUAUAUGAAUAUGUUUACGUUUGUAACUCCACCGUGUUUUGAGAUAUUUGUAUAUUCUAUAUUACAGGCCUGCGCAACUCAAAAUGUAAGGCGGGCUGCAAUACUUUAUGAAAGCUUGUUCGGGCAAAAAGAAAAUAGGACAGGGGAAAGUUAUUAAGAAAAUAAUCAGAAUAAAGAGCUUUUUGUUACUUCGCGGGCCGCAAAGUGGGUGCCGGCUGGCCGCAUACGGCCCGCGGGCCAUAUGAUGUGCAGGCCUCCUAUAUUACAUAAGCUUACUCAAUAAAAUUUCACGCACUUGAAUUACAAAGAAUAUAUUUUUCUUUAAUAUUGUCAGCGCAGGAAAACUAUUUUAAAAAAAUCUUUUAACAUUAAAAAAAAAAAAACCCAAGUGACAUUUAAGUAAUUAGUUGAUUGAUUAGUAGCCUACUUUACUUAACAAGUGUGCCCAACAUUUUGACUCGCUCCUCAAUUCUAUAAUCGAACAUUCGUUUGAAAAACAGAUAAAUCAUUUAACCAAAGAAGAUAACAGAUAAAUCAUUUAACCAAAGAAGAUAACAGAUAAAUCAUUUAACCAAAGAAGAUAACAGAUACAUCAUUUAACCAAAGAAGAUAACAGAUAAAUCAUUUAACCAAAGAAGAUAACAGAUAAAUCAUUUAACCAAAGAAGAUAACAGAUAAAUCAUUUAACCAAAGAAGAUAACAGAUAAAUCAUUUAACCAAAGAAGAUAACAGAUAAAUCAUUUAACCAAAGAAGAAUUUCUUAACGGAUUUUGCGAUCUAUAACAUUGUUUUUUUAAUUAAAAAAUAAUCAUAGACUAUUUGAUCCCAUCCUGUCAUUUGUGGAAAUUGAUUGAAUUUGUUUAUUUCAAUUCGAUAUUAAUUUAUUAAAAUCCGGAGAUAUUCAACGGAUAAAAGCUAGAAGAAGAAUAUUUUAUAUUAUUUAAAUUUGUUAAAUGCAGUUUUUUUCUGAUUGAUUGUGUGCCAUACGAUUACACUCCGGAGCCAUCAGAAUCUUCGGUACUGACAAUUUACAUUAGGAAUUGAGGUCAGCGAGACUUCACAUUAGCUCUUUAUGCCCUUCCCAGAGAUCUCCUCCCCCCCCCGCCCGAGUUAUCGGACCGCGAGGCGGCACGCUGGAGAUCUCCAUUCUGGAGAUCUGCAACUCCCGGCAGCACACACUUGAUCGAGUACGAACGGGAGCCCGAGGAAAUCCGGUGGGCCGGAGACGCUGCUCUGAAAGUCGGGCUAUAGUAUUUACGUCAUAGAAUCUCCCCCCCCCCGGCCCACCCCCAGGAAGCGCCAAACGCCUCUAUUAGUUAUUUUUAAAGUGGGUUUCUAUCUCGCAGCUUGUUUACGAAGCACUUGGCCCUAAACGUUAUCAUCUGUACCAAAAUUUUGCUUCCACUGUUGAAUGAAGAAGAAUAGCCAUGAAAAUGAAAUAUAUAAAGUGCGAACUUUUCCCCCACAACAGCUAACCAUAUAUUUCAUUUAUUGUGCGCCACCGUGUAGUAGAGCUUACGUUUUUUCUUACAGUAGAUUAAGUGCAACCUUUUUAGCCAAAAAUAGACAGUAGUGCAGCGCAACUUACAAUGAACGACAGAUAAAUCCAUCACGGGUAAUAUAUAUGUCAAAUGAAGAACAUCAAAUUAUUACCUCCCACCCGGCUGCUGCAGACUUUUAUAAUUAUUUCAAGCUGCUGAGCUGAGGGAGUUAUUUAAAUGGCAGCAGGGAAUAUUGCACCAUCAUUGAUCGUUGGCGUGUUUUGGGCUUCGCGAAAAAAAGACUGGUGGCUGUUAAAUUGUGGUACACCAUUAAAAUUAGCACUGGAUUACUAAAGUUAAGCAGCAUAGUUUAAAAAAAAAAUCAUUUACAAAUAAACAUAGAGAAUCUCUUACCUUCCUCAAGGACUCUCUUACCUUCCCCAAGGACUCUCUUACCUUCCCCAAGGACUCUCUUACCUUCCCCAAGGACUCUCUUACCUUCCCCAAGGACUCUCUUACCUUCCCCAAGGACCCUUUUACCUUCCCAAGGACUCUCUUACCUUCCUCAAGGACUCUCUUUCCUUCCCCAAAGACUCUCUUACAUUCCCCAAGGACUCUCUUAUCUUCCCCAAGGACUCUCUUACCUUCCCCAAGGACUCUCUUACCUUCCUCAAGGACGAUCCUACCCAUCCUCGAAAGCUAUUAAAUCACAACUCGCUCGGCGGUAAAAUAUUUUCACUGUUCUCUUUAAAUUUAUGUGCUCAAAUAAAAUUGCACUCCAUGUUACUUGCAACAUCGUGAGAUUGGUGGUUUGUUUUCAAAAUAAUGAUGCGUAUGAAUACAUGUGACGAGUAAUAAAAAAAAAAAAAAAGAGGGACUAAAUCGCCGGCCAUCUUAGUGAGUGGACUUAAAUUUAUGUGCUCAAAUAAAAUUGCACUUCAUGUUACUUGCAACAUCGUGAGAUUGGUGGUUUGUUUUCAAAAUAAUGAUGCGUAUGAAUACAUGUGACGAGUAAUAAAAAAAAAAAAAAAAGAGGGACUAAAUCGCCGGCCAUCUUAGUGAGUGGACGUGCAUAAUUUUCAGUGACAUGAUAUACAUAUUAUUUUGAGAAUUAAUUGGCUUUUAACUAGCUGAUAUUUGGAUGUAUGUCACAAACUCAUCCCACGUGACUUGAGUCAUUCUACGUGUAUGUGUUGCAAAUGGCAAAUCUCCUCAUUGCACCGUAGUUAGCUUAAAUCAUCAGGCAACCUGGCGGUCCUGACAUAUUUGUAAAUAUGACCGUUACUUACAUGAUGACCCAAGUCUCACACACAAUAUUGCUAGUGUAGAUCAUUAGAAGUCCAAUUUCAACAUAUCAUUUAUUUAUUAAAGGAUCACAAUAUAUAUAAAACACGUUUCAAAUUGAUGAAUCUCUUAUACGUCUUAUGCUCCUGGUGUACUUUUUCCAUUACCGGCUGUUCCUAACAAGAUGGCUGCUUCCUAUUCGGCGUAUUGGCACUGGGAUUAUUUUCGUAGCUUUUGCGAUAUGCUUUAUAUUUUGUGACGUAUAUUUGGGAAUGGGUAAUGGCGUUGUUAAUGUUGUUAUGUUUUAGCAGGAGCAGCAGUGAUGGCGUAGUUAGUAAGGGUGACUUAGCAAAGGAGUUAAAUAUAUAUAUCCAUUGAAAACACACCAUCUCUUACAUAUAUUUUGCAUUUGAUAUUAUUUCGCAAACUUUUCCGGAUAGCGUGCUAAAUAGAAUUCCCGAUCAUCAUCAUCACGUCCCUUAGUCCUUGGACCGCAUGGGUGCCACAGAUGACAUAAAAACAAUCCUUCUCCAUUCUUCUCUGUUUUCAGGAUCUCGCACAGCAUCGCCACUCUUUGAUGUUAUCUUCCCGCUUUUUUUCUUCUGUCUUCCUCUUUCUCUCCCUCCUCUAUUUUGGCCUGCAUGAUUUCACUGACGAACGAUUGUUUUCUUCUAACGUGGCCAUACCAUUCCAGUGUGCGCCUUUUUUACAGUCACCAGGAGGUCAUCGUACUGCCCAACUGCUUGACGAAUUCCUUAAUUCCCGAUAACAACGCUAAUUUUUUUAUAUUUUUAAAUAACGCAACUGCAUUUGGUGCGUAAUAUUUUCUUCUCUUUCCAGAACAUGAAAUCUUCUCAAUUUCAGUAAGAUGUACCGGUAAUAAAUGUUCGGUUUAAAAGUGAUUGGACAUCAGAUUAUUAAAGUAGUUCAUGGGCGUGAAAUAAAAAGUGUAGAAUAACGUAUCAUGGAAGGAAGGGGUGCAAGGAAAAUUGAAAUUCUUUAAUGUGCAUUACUUGAGUUCAUGCUUUGUCGAGUAACUUAUGUGUUUGGCGGGCUAUAGCUAGAAAUAGAAUAAUGAUUGAUAGAAGUACAGCCACAUACAUCCAACUCCUUUAGAAUAAUAACAUGGAAUCAGACCUUCAAACUGCAACCUUGAAACAAAGCCAGCCCUUAGGGUGUUUGACAUGUGCCCUUGCGCAGGGUGCCGUGGCCAUAAGGGGGGGGUGUCCUGGGGCGCCCAGUAAAUAUUUAAAUUCCCUUAGUUUAUUAUAGUGAAGUGUGCUUAGCUACAUGUAUUGCAUUAGAAAACGCACCCCAUAGCCUAAGUCGUAAUCGGAAAAAAGAGCUGAGCCAUACAGGGACAUGGUAGGGGGCGCCGAAAAGGUGCAUCGCACAGGGCGAAAGAUCACCUGAGGCCGUCGUUGCUUGAAAUCCAUUAAAAUAUGUCUUCCUUUCCAGGUCCGCCUUAUCUAUAUUUAGAUCUAUGUAUUCUUACUCUAAGGCUAGGUAGUGCCUUUUCUCAACUGAUGUACAUCACACAUUUUUGUUACGGUAGUCAAUCUAUUUGUGAAGAUGUUUGUUGUAAUGAAAUAGAUUGAAGCCUGGUGAAAGCCCCGACUAUUCAGCGUAUCAUUAUUACCUUGUCCUACAGGCCACUUUCUGCAGUAUAGAUUACCUGGGACAAACAAUACUUAUAGGCAGGUUAUACUACCGAUUGAAUUUCUUCCCUUCCAGAACCAUCUAAAAGGCUGCUUACCUUCCUGGCCUUGGUUAGUGGCCAGGUCACCAACGUUAAAGAGGUCAACAUGGAAUACACCGAUUGGGGUGAGACGGAACAUGACGUCAUCGUCGGUUCUUUCAGACACGUUUUUGUUCCAGCCCUCCCAAAUGUAAGUUGAAAAAACAAUGUCCAAGCUCGGGGACUAACGUUAUCUCGGUCUUUUGUUGUUUUCUUUUUGUGUGUUGGGGGAGUGGGAGGGUGAGUGGUCAAGGGAAAGAGGGGAGGGAAGGGAAGGGGAGAGGGGGAGAGUGGGAGUGGAAGGGAAAGUGCGGAGUGGACGGGGGAGGGGGAGGGGUCGAUUCGUUUAAGUUUUUAGUCUGUCGUUUGCGAAGUUGUAUCAUAAGGAACACCUUUUCUCGACAACUGAUUUGAUCAGUAGAUAAGCAAUGGCGGUAGUGCAGCCUAAAUUUACAAUGAAUGCCAGACAGACGCGUCAUGGGGAAUAUUUAAGUAAAUGGAUAACAUAUAAUAAUUUACCCCCCGACCCCCAUCACAACCUCCAGGUGCUAUAGAACUUUAUAAUCAUUUUAAUUUUAAAAAAACAAAACGAGUCAAACAAUUGUCAGACGCCUUAAAACAAAUGUAAUUAAAUAACAGAAUAAUGCAUAUUUUAUGGAGGGAAAGGGGUAAAAAGGGAGUGAGAGGGAAAGGUUGAAAGUUCGAGAUAGAAACGUAUAGAGAUGGACGGAGCAAUAGACAGAGAAAAGAGAAAGGUCGACGGAGAUUAAGAAAAAUACAAAAGAUCAAUAAAGAGAAUGAGAGAGAGGGAGCGAGAGUGAGAGAAAAGAGAGAGAGAGCGGAAGAAGAUAGAUAAAAAAAUGAAGAGGCAAGAGACAGAAGGGGAGAGGGUAAUAGAGAGAGAAAGAAUAAGGAAAAGAGAAAACGCGAAAUGAGAGAUAGUGAGAGAGUGAGGGAGAAAGAAAGAAAGAGACUGAGAAAGAAAGAAAUAAAGAAAGAAAGAAAGAAAGAAAGAAAGAAAGAAAGAAAGAAAGAAAGAAAGAAAGAAAGAAAGAAAGAAAGAAAGAAAGAGAAGGAAAGAAGAUAGAGAUAUUUGGUCAGUGGCAUCGAGUGUCUUAGCAAGUCGUAACAGUAUCCAAAUUAUUUCAGGAAAUCGUAUUAUUGAUGCAAGAGUCCGUCAACGCUGUCGUGUACAGGCUGCAGAUCCUGAUAGUCAGAGAGGGCGACCUGGGCAUCAUAAGUCUGGAGCCACACAACUUUACGGACGUCAACAAGUACAAGUAAGACAAUUUUAAACAAACAUGCACUCUAAACCUUUUUUUUUUUUUUUUGUUUGUCCUUAGCUGGGGAUGGGAAAGCUGCUCUACAGGCAGAUACAUAUUUUUAAUGGGUCUCCCUUUUAUCUUUUCCAUAUCAUCCACCCUUUUUAAACAAACAUGCGCUCUAAACCGUUUUUUUUUUUUUUUGUAUGUCCUUAGCUGGGGAUGGAAAAGCUGCUCUACAGGCAGAUACAUAUUUUUAAUGGUUCUCCCUUUUAUCAUUCCCAUAUCAUCCACCCUCUUCCAGCAUGUCUUCCGCACAAAAUGAACACAUCCCCUUAUUUAUUAUGUACUCAUAAUUUCCAUCCGUCCAUCCAUCAAACCCAGUGGCGCUACAGCCCAUGUAGGGCUUUGGCCAACGUCACCACAUCCUUCCACGCAAACCUAACGGAUGCUUUUCUUUUCCGUGCUUGAUUCAAAGAUGCUGUAGAUUUGUUUACCCACCAUCCAUCCAUCCAAGACUAGGCCUGCCUUUGAGCCGCUUUUCUUUGCUUCUUUUCCUGUUCCCUUCUCUUCUCUUCUCUGUCAUUUGUCAUUCUUUAUUCUCAGUUUCCUGCAAAAAUUUUAUUUUUAUUUUCUGCUACUAUUGUGGGAUCCUGAUAUGGACUGUACAGUUCCUGGUAGAUUUAUAACCUACAUACACAUCCAUCCUUCGUUGGUGCAUAUAUUUCCAGGAGAAUAUUUAUACUAUUUCUGUUUAGUAUAUGACCAACGAAAUUGCUAUCAUUUUAUGUUGUUCAGAGUAAUAUUUAAAAAAAACAACAAAAACAUUAUUCUAUAUUUUGAGGGCCCACGAUGCUUCUGGCUGCUCGUUUAAAUUCAGAAUUUUUUUUUUUUUUAAAUUUUCGCUUGUCUUGGGGAUUGUACUCCAGAACACCAGCGUCAGUUGAGACCGCUGGACCACCCUGCACCCCUGCAUUGACUUCACUCGGCAAAAUAGAGCUGAUACGAAGAUUGUUUAAAAGCACCUAGCGUGAACCUGUGCUGUACUCGUAUCAAUACAGACACACGGGGCAAACAUAUCACCGUGUUUCUAUAAUAUAAAUAUGGUAAAGAUAAGAUUCUAAAAUUAUGCAGCAUUGAAUUACUUCAGGUCUGUUCAGUUUGACGUCACCAAAGACUUUGAUAACGUCAGUCUCGAAGACCUGAGCCCGACCCGACCAGAAUGUGAGUUUUUUUUCAUGCAGACCGAUGUGAAUGUGUUCGUGGGAACUAUGCCAGACUGCAAUCACAUUGUCGACGGGGUGAGUAACUCCGUUUACAAUAAUUUCUAUUUAAAAAAUUACUUCGAGAAACUAUAGUCCAAGGGACAUAAUAUAAUAUCCUUUUUAAUUUCAUAUAGCUGAUGAAAUCUUUCUUCCCAGAAGCGCCCCCCCCCCCAAAAAAAAAAAAAAAAAAAAAAAANUAGUUAAUUAAAAAAAAAACACGAAGUCUUAGACAAAUUAAACCUAUUGAUAAAGAUCAAAUCUUAAGCUCUGCCCCAAUCUGGCUUCCCAACCAUUUCACUAUUUCCACAGAACAUGGUAAUAUAAGUGAUAAGCAGCCAUCUAAAAGCCAUUUAAAGGUUUAGUAUUAAACCCAAAAUUUAUAAAAGCUUUACACAUACACAACUUCUGUGACGUAUUUUCUUGAUAGAGCUCAAAGACUUGUCUGAUUUAUGUAAACAGCAUACCUUGCCCAACAAACCUAUAUAUAUAUAUAUAUAUAUAUAUAUAUAUAUAUAUAUAUAUAUAUAUAUAUAUAUAUAUAUAUAUAUAUAUUUGUGAACCAAUUUCUAACUCUGAAAAAAUGGUCAAGUGCAGAAAAGUCCCUUCUGAAAACAUAAAAUGCUGCCCGAUAUGAUAAGACGCUAGCAAUGAUUCGUUGCUGAGAUUUCCAGAAAAAACGUUUAUAUAUAUAUAUAUAUAUAUAUAUAUAUAAUAUAACCUUCAAAACAAUAGGGACCCAUUCAUGAACUUAAAAUGCACUUCAGUUUUUUUACAAAACCUUCAUUCAAGCAACGCACUUACUAGAAUACUUUUAUAAGAAUCUGUACAUUUUAUUAUUGCGCGCCGUCUUUACCAAUUAGUGCUUAUCUUUUUUACAUAUAUAGAGUAAAACUAAAAUAAUUACAGGCACAUUUUUCUGAAGUUUGAACUGAACAAAAUGUUAACAUUAUAAUAGUGUGUACUAAAAUGAACAUUUGUGUAAAUUACUAAUUUUUUAACAUGAUGUCUAAAUGAGUUGGAAUGAUAAACUAUGAAUGUAUUAUUUUGCUUAUCUUCGGAGAAUUUAAUUUCUUAUUUAACACAUCGGUACAGCCAUACAUGUAUAAAUACCUAGACGAUUAUUAUUUGUGAUCUCAGUUUCACCCUUUUAAUUCCCUUCUUGUUUUCGUCCUGUCUUAUUCGCUUUUCAAUUAAUGUAAAACAUUAAAAAAUGACACAGAACAAAGCUGCUUCCCUUGCAAAAAAAAAAAAAACAACAAAAAAAAACAACGUUAAAUUUGUUCUAUUCCUUCUAUGUUUAAAGGGUUAACUCAAAGAUUCGCGAUACUUUUAAAGUUUGAAAUGUAUUGUCAGAAUGGGCCACGUACAGGUUUACACAUGGCUCAAAGAAUUAAUUGACAAAAAAAAAAAAAAAAAGUUACUACGUUUAUGUGAAUAAUUUUAAUGAGUUUGAGUUUUUAUGGGGUUUUUUUUUUUUGUUAUGUAAUAUUAAUUAAAAUUUUCUAUAGACGUAUAUAAAAUUGUAUUGCUUAAGUUCCUUUCUCGUCAUUAUAAUAUAGGAUACGUUCACCAAGUGAAAGUAAUAUUUAUUUUCGGAGAGAAAAGAGCAUAGUGGGUUGGUGAAUAUCAUUUCUGCUUUCUUAUCAUUUGUGGUUGUCGUGGUUUGGCUAAGUAAACAUGGAUAGGAUGGCGUCACCGUGAACGGAGAAGAAAGAAAUUAUUCAGGGUAAAAGUAUAGAUUUAAAAAAAAAAAUAAUAAAAGCAAAAAAAAAACACCAAAUUAUUAGAUCUUUUUUUAAUUAACCCUACAUAUCUAACUAGAAUCGAAUUUAGAAAGAACUAAACAUGAUUUUUGGAACGAACCUAAAUUGAUAAAAGUGGGCGGCAACCAUGGGGAAUCUACUCUUCUUUACAAAAAUUUGAGCGUAGCCCAUUAAGCCCCCUUUUCUCUUUUCUUUUUAAUAAUAACUUUAAGAUAUUCGUUUUUCAGUUCAUUUGUAUAAUGCAUGACGUCAUAUGUCAAAGACGUGACUUCCUUUUAACAUGCAUAUUUCAAGACUUUUCUCUUAUUCAUACAACACAGAGACCUGUCAAUUACGCUACGACAUUCUCUUGUAAAACAAUGGCCGUAUUGUUGUACGCGGAGCAUGCCACAGAGGCCCCCAGCCCCCUGCCUUACACCAACCGGUUCAUGACCAGGUAAAGAAUGCAACAUUUGAGUUUAUCUGUGGUGACUUUACUCGGGAGAAUAUAAGGAUAAAGUAUCCAUUUUUUUUCUUUAUCCAUAAGGUAUCCACUUCUGCCAUACGUCACUUCCGGAGCUGAUAAUUUCCUCCCACCUUGUAACUGUCAAUGAAGGUGGCAGAGAUUUAAUAUCUGUUUAAAAUUUUAUGAUCCAGUAGUAAUUAAUCUUUGAUUAAUAGUAGCUGUUUAAUGUUUAUUAAAGAAAAAAUAUUAUUUUUGUGUGUUUAAUUGAAAUAUUUGAAAUAAAAGAUAAAGGUUAAAAUAUAUAACGAU